UUUUCUUGUCCAGUGAAACGCAAUUUUUUUUUCUGUAUAAAACAGCAUGUUGUGAAAGUAUCUUAGUCAUUGACCUUUCAAAUGUAGCAGUUCACACAUGUUAGGUUCGAUUACAUUGCCAGUCGAAGGACUAUUGAGAUUGUUUUCAGUGUGACACAGAAGUUGACUUUCUUUCUUGGAAGCUGUAUUACUUGGACUCUUGCCCAUGACAUCAGAUAUUACUCGCUUCUUGUCCUCAUAAUAGCUGGCAAGAACGGCAAAACGAGCUUCCAGUGUUAUCUAAUAGCAGCAAUAAUAACUUCGUCUUGGUGACCCCCACAUUCGAAAUAAGGCAACGUAGACCAAAGCUAAUGGUGUUAUGAAUUGCAGAAACCAAAUGCCGUAAUAUCAAAAAUCAGUUAACGUCGUGAAAAAAACGUGUGGCUUUCAUCAACUGGACAACAAAAUGCCAACGCCAGAGCGACCGCAGCGACACCUAUUUGUUAUUUACAAUAACCAGGACCAACGCUUCAACAAAGACCUCUCGGUCUCCUUAUCGGAACUAUCGGCCAACUCGCCAGGCUACAGUUGGCAAGGAACUAACACUGAUAUCUGUGUCUAUGACGUACAGGAAGAAAGUAACGGCAAAGCUACUGACCUGGGAGGCCAACAGACGAGAAAAACAGGAAUGAAAGUGAAAGAAAAAAGCGUCGUUGAAAAAUUGCUCAUCGACUUGAAGGGGCCCCCGAUGCUGGAAACAAAGACGAUUCAAUCACAGUGGUUAAACUUCACCAAUGCAGAUCGUCGUGCGGUGACUAAAAUAAAACGGCGUCAAAGAUGUUUACGUAGCUCGCCUCUCUGCAUGUAUCAGAAAUUCUAG